AUGGUGGUGGCUCCAUUUUCUUCUUAUGCUGCUGAGUUUAACCCCAACAGGCAGAUCACUACUCCUGCGUUUAUGUUACCUUCUCCUGCUGUUGCUGAGAAGAGCAGUAUUUUCGAGAAGAUACAGCCUUUUAUCGGAGAGACCUUAGAUUUCAUCACAAGGGAGGAAGAGAAGAAGGAAGAUCUCGUCGACUGGGCAAAACGUCUUAACAAAGACGGCAAAUUUGAAUAUGCCUUCGAGAUCUUUGAGUGGAUGGAUAAAAAGAAGAUGGAGUUUUCUCCUUCGGAGCUUGCAGUUUAUGUGGAUCUCAUUGCCCAGACUAAAGGCAUAUAUGCGGCUGAAGAAUACUUCAAUCAAGUAGAACCAGUCUUUGACCGAACCAACACCCGCGCGAAGAAUUGGCCUGCUUUUGCUAGUAUUGUGAAACAGUUCUUAACCACUACUGGAUCAGUCUUAGAGAUAACUUCAUGUUCAAGGUCUAGCUCGUGUGCACAAAGGCUUGGAAUUAUGGUCAGGUUCUGA